GAGAGAGUGUGUACGAGGUAAAACAAAAUGAGAGAAUAGAAUAGAGGUGGUUGGUUGUUGUUUGAUUUUUCACACAAAAUCCAAAAUUAACCAGAGAAAAUAAAGAAAAAAACCAGAAAUCAUUCUCUCUCUCUCUGGGAUUCAUAAUUGUAUUAUAGAUUUGUUGUUUCGUCGAUUUAAAUCCUUCUGUGAGGGUCUUACUUGUUAAUGGGGACGCUUCAGAGCUUGAGAAAAGCAUAUGGAGCGCUCAAAGAUUCCACCAAAGUUGGCCUUGCUAAGGUCAAUAGUGUAUUCAAGGAUUUGGAUAUUGCCAUUGUUAAAGCAACAAAUCAUGUGGAGAGUCCUCCUAAGGAAAGACAUGUUAGAAAAAUCUUUUCCGCGACUUCUGUUGUUCGUCCACGGGCAGAUGUAGCUUAUUGUAUUCAUGCAUUGUCAAGAAGAUUGAAUAAGACCCGCAAUUGGAUCGUUGCAUUGAAGACAUUGAUAGUUAUUCAUAGGACAUUGAGAGAGGGCGAUCCAACGUUUAGAGAAGAGUUGUUGAACUACUCACAUAGAGGACAUGUUCUUCAAAUAUCCAAUUUCAAGGAUGAUUCGAGUCCUCUUGCUUGGGAUUGCUCUGCAUGGGUUCGAACGUAUGCACUCUUUCUAGAAGAACGACUGGAGUGCUUCCGAAUUCUAAAAUAUGACAUAGAAGCAGAACGUUGGACUAAAUCACAGAAAAUGGCCAAGGGUCAUAGCAGAACAAGGCUUCUAAGUAGAGAGGAUCUAUUGGAACACCUCCCUGCACUGCAGCAACUGCUAUACCGGCUUAUUGGUUGCCAGCCUGAAGGAGGAGCAUAUCAUAACUAUCUUAUUCAGUAUGCAUUGGCUCUGGUACUAAAAGAGAGCUUCAAAUUGUAUUGUGCUGUCAAUGAUGGCAUUAUCAAUCUCAUGGAUUUGUACUUUGACAUGACAAGACACGAUGCAGUUAAAGCUCUCAAUAUCUACAAAAGAGCUGGUCAACAGGCUGAACACCUUGCUGAUUUUUACGAGUUCUGCAAGGGGUUGGAUUUGGCUAGGAACUUCCAGUUUCCAACUUUGAGACAGGUUUUUCUUCAUUUGCCACCCCCAUCAUGUCUUGCAGCAAUGGAAGAUUACAUAAGAGAAGCACCUCGUACCGGGUCUGUUUCAAAUAAAAGACUGGAAUAUCAUGAGAAAGAACAAGUAGAGGAGAAACAAGAAGAACCUUCACCAUCAGAGGAGGAAAAACCUCCAGAACCAGAAGAACAAAAGCCAGUUGUAGAGGAAGAACCACCUCAACCGGAACCCAAGCCUGAACCUGAACCUGCUCCUCUUAUAGAUACAGGAGAUUUUCUGGGUCUAAGUGAGAUAAAUCCCAAAGCUGCGGAACUUGAAGAAAGCAAUGCACUUGCCCUUGCCAUUGUUCCACCAGGAGGUGGUCCUCAGACAAAUCCAGGAAUGUUAGACUUCGGAGGCACAAAUGGGUCAGGAUGGGAGCUAGCACUUGUUACCCAUCCUAGCAGCAACACCGCCCAUGUUGCUGAGAGCAAAUUGGGCGGCGGGUUCGAUCAACUAUUACUUAACAGCUUAUAUGAAGAUGCAACGAGGAGACAACAGCAGCAACAUCAACUACAACAACAACAGCAACAAAACAUAGGUUAUGGUUAUGGAAUGGGAGGUGGUAUGCAAAGCCCAUAUGAUCCAUUUUCAAUGUCAAACAAUGUAGCCCCUCCACCUAAUGUUCAGAUGGCUUUAAUGGCUCAACAACAACAGCAACAGCAAAUGAUGUUUCACCAACAACAAAUGCAACACCAUCAACCACAGCAACCUCUGAUGUUAAUGCCACCACAACAACAGUACUUACCACAGUAUCCGCAACAACAAAUGGGAUCGUCUAACCCAUUCGGUGAUCCAUUUACAUUCCCUCAACAACCCGCGCCGCCACAAGGGCACCAGGGUUUGAUCUAAUAAUGGCUAGUUUUUUUGGUUUUUUUUUUUAAUCGCAUUACAUUGAUUCUUUUAUUCGUCGAGGAAGUUUUAAGAGGUGAAAAGAAUAGGUGGAAAAUUUGUUGUUCAUUUUUUUUUUGUUGUUGUUGUUGUAAAGUUUUAACUAAAGGGGCUCUUAUUGUAUGCUCAAAAUAGCAAAUGUAGUUACUUUACUUUACCCUUCCCUAUACUGACAUCUGAAACAGAUGCUAAAAUCCAUUGCUUAAACAUUGGUAACUUAAUGUAUUUAUUCAUAAUUCUUUUGUCAA